AUGGCAACUGCUAUUAUCGAAGAUCAUCUAUGUGUUACACCUAAUUGCGGAGGAAAGGCCAAACUUCGUUGUCCAAAUUGUGUCAAAUUAGGUAUUGUUGAUGGCUCAUAUUUUUGUUCUCAAGAUUGUUUUAAAAGUUAUUGGUCAGAACAUAAGAAACUGCAUGUACAAGCAAAAAAUUCUUCUACUGCUAAUGAGCUACUAGAAAAUUAUAAUCCGUGGCCAGGUUUUCAUUUUACAGGAAAAUUAAGACCAUACCCACAAACUCCUCGUCGAAUGGUUCCACCGAAUAUUGCACGACCUGAUUAUGCUGAUGAUUUCAAAGGAAGAUCGAAAUCCGAGGAAGGAGAGAAAUCGUCAAGUAGUGCAAUUCGUGUCUUAAUUGAAGAUGAACAAGACUUAUUGCGUGAUACUUGCAAAGUCGGUCGUAUUGUCUUAGAUGAAGCUGCAAGAUCUCUUCGAGUCGGUAUGACAACAGAAGAAAUAGAUCGUAUUGUCCACGAGUGUUGUAUUGAACAUGAAUGUUAUCCGUCGCCACUUAAUUAUUAUGAAUUUCCUAAAUCAUGUUGCACGAGUAUUAACGAAGUUAUCUGCCAUGGAAUACCUGAUUUACGUCCAUUGCAGGACGGUGAUAUAGUUAAUAUUGACAUUAGUGUUUAUAAGCAUGGCUUUCAUAGUGAUCUUAAUGAAACAUUUUUCAUUGGUAAUGUUGAUCAAAAGUCACGAGAUCUUGUUCGGACUGCGUAUGAAUGUUUAGACAAAGCAGCUGCAUUGAUUCGUCCUGGUACAAAAUAUCGUGAUAUUGGAAAUGAAAUUCAAAAACAUGCUACGGCAAAUGGUUGUUCAGUUGUACGUUCUUACUGUGGACAUGGGGUUCAUAGGCUUUUUCAUUGUGCUCCCAAUAUUCCACAUUAUGCUAAAAACAAAGCUAUUGGUGUUAUGAAACCAGGCCAUUCAUUUACAAUCGAACCUAUGAUUAAUGCUGGAACAUGGCGUGAUGUUCUAUGGAACGAUAAUUGGACAUCGGUGACAGAAGAUGGACAACGUUCAGCACAAUUCGAACAUACAUUUCUUGUAACAGAUACAGGUUGUGAUACUUUAACAGCACGUGCAUCUGGCCAGCCAUGGUUUUUAGAUGGAAAUCGUAUUAGCUGA